UCAAUUUCAGAAGCUUCAGCAACUGCGCCUUACACAGUACCAUGGAGGAUCCUUACCAAAUGUGAGCCAGCUGCGGAGCAGUGCAUCAGAGUUUCAGCCAUCAUUUCAUCAAGCUGAUAACAUUCGGGGAACCCGCCAUCAUGGGCUGGUGGAAAGGCCAUCCCGGAACCGCUUCCACCCCCUUCACCGAAGGUCUGGGGACAAGCCAGGACGACAAUUUGACGGUAGUACCUUUGGAGCUAAUUACUCCUCACAGGCCCUGGAUGAGAGUUGGCCAAGGCAGCAGCCUCCUUGGAAAGAAGAAAAGCAUCCUGGGUUCAGGCUGACGUCUGCACUUAACAGGACCAAUUCUGAUUCUGCUCUUCACACGAGUGCUCUGAGCACCAAGCCCCAGGACCCCUAUGGAGGAGGGGGCCAGUCGGUCUGGCCUGCCCCAUACAUGGGUUUCUGUGAUGGUGAGAAUGAUGGACAUGGGGAAGUAGUGUCUUUCCAUGGCCCAUUGAAAGAAGAGAAUCUAUUAAAUGUUCCAAAGCCACUGCCAAAACAGCUGUGGGAGGCCAAGGAGAUUCAGUCCCUGUCAGGGCGCCCUCGAUCCUGUGAUGUCGGAGGUGGCAAUGCUUUUCCACAUAAUGGUCAAAACGUAGGCCUCUCACCCUUUCUGGGGACCCUGAAUACUGGAGGGUCAUUGCCAGAUCUAACCAACCUCCACUACUCGGCACCGCUGCCAGCCUCCCUGGAUACCAGUGACCACCUCUUCGGUAGCAUGAGUGUGGGAAAUAGUGUGGGCAACCUCCCAGCUGCUAUGACUCAUCUGGGAAUAAGAAGUUCCUCUGGUCUCCAGAGUUCUCGGAGUAACCCCUCCAUCCAAGCCACCCUCAAUAAGACAGCGCUGUCCUCUUCCCUAAAUAGCCACCCACAGACAUCUGUUACCAACACAUCUGCUCUUCACCCUUCACUCCGUCUGUUUUCCCUUAGCAACCCGUCUCUUUCCACCACAAACCUGAGCGGCCCCUCUCGGCGUAGGCAGCCUCCCGUCAGCCCUCUCACGCUUUCUCCUGGCCCUGAAGCACAUCAAGGUUUCAGCAGACAGCUCUCUGCAACCAGCCCACUGAAUCCAUAUCCUGCCUCCCAGAUGGUGUCCUCAGAUCGAAGCCCGCUGUCCUUUCUGCCUACAGAAGCUCAAGCCCAAGUGUCUCCACCACCCCCUUACCCCACGUCGCAGGAGCUCCCCCAUCCUCUCCUACAGCAGACCCAUGCCCAGGAGGCCCCUCAUCAGCAGCGCCAGGCCGCCACUUCACUGCCACAGUCAGAUUUCCAACUUCUCACAGCCCAGGGCUCAUCUUUGACCAACUUCUUCCCAGAUGUGGGCUUUGACCAGCAGUCCAUGAGGCUAGGCCCAACCUUUCCUCAGCAGGUGCCCCUGGUGCAGCAAGGUCAUCGAGAACUGCAGGAUUCAUUUCAUUUGAGACCAAACCUGUAUUCCAACAGUGGGAAUUUCCCAAACACCGUUCUGACAGAAGACUCAAGCACCACCCUGUUCAAGGACCUCAGCAGUGCACUGGCAGGCAUGCCCGAGGUCGGCCUGAGCAUGGACACUCCGUUCCCCCUGGAAGAGGAACUCCAGAUUGAACCCCUGAGCCUGGAUGGACUCAACAUGUUAAGUGACUCCAGCAUGGGCCUGCUUGACCCCUCUGUGGAAGAGACGUUUCGAGCUGACCGACUGUGAACAGAAUUUAAUGAACAGGAGAAUUUCUUUCUGAAACAGCCAGAAUAGAACAGAAUAGAAUGAAGCCAGCUAACCACCCCAGGCUUUAGUUAUCUCAACACGGAAGGAACCCAUUCCACGGCCCCAAGCUUGCAGAUGAGGUCCUCUCUCAGAUGCUAUGGCUUUUUUCCAGACCACAGAGCUAUGUACUGUCCCUCAGGCCUGCAGCGCCAGUUCUGCUGCAGGCAGGCUGCUUAGGAGCUUCCAGUGAACUGGAAAGCUCAUCUUUGUACUGGCCACCUAGUCAGUCAGUGUGUAGAAGUAGAAAGUAUUGUGCAGCAGGAGGCCUCAGUAGCAUUCUGUAGUGCCAGAACCAGUGAUCUCAGUCAACACGGAAGCCAGGACCUGGAGUGGGGCAGUCAGGGCCGUGGGCAUGCAGGGCCAACUCAGUGUCCAGCAGCAGCACCAGAGCACCACGAUGCCUUCUCUGAUCUGACUCUCGUGGCAGGUACCCUCCAGCUGGUGGACAUUCCAGGGUUUAGCGGAGAGUGGUGGCUCUCCCAGGUGCCUUAAUCGUAAUAUGAAGAAGAUGAUUUGCCACAAGUUCAAAGACCGGCUCGAGUUAGGCAAACAGUGCUAUUUGUUUUCUCCCAGUUUGUAACCUCUUUUCUGCUGCUUCAGUACACCUUUUCCUUAUGGACAGAAGGAAAAGGAAGACUAUUUUAUUCCAUCACUGAAAAAAGUCCCUGGUGGUGGAAGAGCCUGAAGAGAACAGUGCUCUUUCUCGGUGGCUGGGGAAGAGGAGGACUGCAGGUAUUUCGCAGACACAAUGUCCUCCAGACAAACUCCGGCCAAGUACAGACCUCCCUCGUACAGACCAGCUGGUGGGAGCUGCCAGAGGUCCUGAUCAGACCCACCCAGCAACUGAACUUCCCUGUCCCUCCCCAGAGCGGUUUCUCUGUUGAUAGGGAGUUUAAUGUAAUCCCACUAGCCAUAAGCUCCUGAGGGCAGGGACUGUGCCUUAUUCAUCACUGAACCCCUAGUACCUAACAAGUGCCUGGCAUGGUGUAAGUGUUGCAUAGCUGCAUGUCGAGUGAAUGAAUGAAUCUGCCUCGCUGUGAGGCAGUCUAAUCUGUAGCUCUCCCCAUUCCCUGCCAAAUCUUCUCAGAACUUGAGCUCUUCUAACACUUGUGCCUAUGGUUAAGUUAAGCAUGCACUUUAAUUUGCUUUUAACACUAGGUGACCAAAUCCAGGAUUAGUCUGGCACCCCAUUCCCCUCGGGGGUGUGCUCUGUAGCAGGUAGGUGGGAAUUGUUUUCUGAGUGCAUCCAGAAAGGCUGAGCAGACUAAGGUCACCCAAGUACUGGCACCUGCAGGGUCCUGGCAAAUUCCCUGCCUCAAAAGGUCAUCCCUCUCAGAUCCACGUUUCACUCUAAGUUGUUUUAAAUAGAGAUUCAUUCUUUGAGGCUGAAGAAACAGUUUAUAGUAAAAUGAAGGUCUAAUUCGUGGAACCAUCGUUAUUCAUUAAUACCUUUUCAUAAAAUAGUUUGACCACAUUUCCCCCACAGCCUGCCUCCUCUGACUCAGGCUAAGCCAGCCCCUGAACAGGAGCCUGAUGGAAGGUAUGAAGGGGGCAAAGGGGAGGAUGCCCACAGAGCUGCCCCAGGAGGAGUCUAGGCAAUGAGAAGACAGGGGAGGGAGUAGGAGAACCCUGAAAGAGGAGACGAAAGGACCCAGAGCAUUUGCUUGGACAGUCACUGCCCUUUCAGGAGGCCCAGGGAUGUCACUGAGAGGUGGUGGUUAGCUACCACCCAGAGAAGCAAGACUGCACAGUGAAGGUCUGAAUCUUUUCCUUGUGGCAUGAGGAGUCUUUGCCACGUGAUUCUGGGCUGCUUCGCCUCUCCAGACCUCAUCCCAUUUCUCUCCUGUCUGCAGAGCCUUACCUCUGAUCCUACAAAUGACCCUCAUGGUGCGCCACUCUCCUUCCUCUGAAUCCAAGUGUUUCUUUUUCACGCUUACCCCAUCCUCCUGUCCUCCUCUGCUGAGUCCUGGCUCGGGAAGGAGCUGUUGACCUCCCCUUGCAAGCCUUAUUCCCACUUAAACUUUCAGAUCCCCUUAUGCUUCAGACCUCAGAGGGGGUGAUUUUUUGUUAAGGUAAAAGGGCCUUUCAUUGUAAUGCUAUCCAGCACCCCAGUGUGCUUAAAGAAGCCAGCUUCUGUGUCACAGGCCCCCGAAAUCUGACCUCGCCUUUCAGGCAGGAAGUGGUGCUGAUGUAAGAGUUUAGUUUUUUUGAAAAACGGAGGUCCCAGCAUAAUCCACUCUUUGCAUAGUGCCUUACCUGUGGGGAUCAUCGUGUCGGGGUCCCAGUUCACUCUGCGCGGCAGCCCUGCCUUACAUCUGGAGACCCCAGACCUACUCAAUGAAUUGCACUGCCCCGGGGCAUUCUCCAGGUGACUUGUGGAAACAGAGGCUUCCAGAGCAAGUGAUUUGUUUGGGGCAGUAUAAUGAUGACAAUGUGGGUUAGCACUGAAUUAAAUUUGUCCUUAGGUCUAUGAGUCAGUCUUUUCGUGUGAAAAGCUUUUCAGCAUUACACAGCCUACUCUGCCUAGACAAUGUCAAGAACACCCCAUAGACAGUGUCACCCUGACCUUCAGCGUGUAAGCCUACACGUUGCUGCCUUUGUAACAAACCAGUCAUGGUCCUCAGCGUUUGAAGUGGCUACAUUCUUCAGAGUAAACUAUUUUUCAGUAUUUAGUUUUGCCACAAGAAAUCAAUUGUUGUAUACUCUCAUUUACCAGCAGUUAAACAACAUAGAACUAAAAACCUAUCUGUGUUUCCAUUUUUUCUUUCUGUAUGGUUGUGGUUUUUAGGACACAGAGUGUUAGGAGAAAUUUUUCUUGAUCAUGUCAAGAUCAACAUGAAUUCUCCUUUGUCUUCCAUUUCUCCUAAGUCUACUGUAUAUUCCCUGAGCUGAGAUGUUGUGUGUCCGAGUCCACAUGUGUAUUUGAAGACAUUCUGGCUGUCCUUGGCGCUUCUGAUUUAUGCACAGGUGGUUCCAAGUGUGUUUCCAUUGCUUCGAGGAUGGGACCAUCACGGCAACUAAUCAGACUUCCUGCCAGUAUCCUAACUCCCAGGGCCCCUUGUUAAACAAUAUUUAAAGAUUGGAAUUUGUAUAAAGUCGCUUCCAAGUUUUAUAAUGCAUCAUUUUACAUCUUUCUUAAUUAAAAGCAGCACAAUAAGGUGGUA